AUGGGAUAUCAAAAUAUAACUACCAAAGAAACCUCACAGUCAACAAUGUCAGUACCUAGCAGUCAACCAUCAAAUAAUAUAAACACCUCUCAGCCAAUACUUACAUCUCAACUAGUUAUAGUACCAGUAGGAGGAAAUAAUGACAAUACUUACCUUCAAUAUCAGCUUAGGCAUAGGAAGCAAAAACCAGGUGAAAUGAUUGAAGAAUAUGCGGUAGCAAUAGGAGAAUUAUGGAAGCAAGCUAAGAUGGAUAGAGUUGCUGAAUUUAUUGAAAAGCUGCAAUCAGAAUUUAUAUUACCAGUGCAAACAGCAAUGCUAACAACAGUAGAUCAAGCAAUCGAAAAGGCCAGAGCAGUAGAAUCUGCAUAUUCCAUUAGAAUAAAACUAUCUGCCUAUUCAUUAAUGCCUAAUUACAUGCAAUUAUUACAAGGAGAAAUGGGUUACAAGCGAUUAUGGUAA